CUGCUGCCUCCCGCGCUCCCGGCCUUGCUGCCCCCAUCCGCUGCAUGAAGCUAUCAUGCCACCCCCUCGCUCUUUGACAAACUCCUUCUCCGUGUCGGACAGCACCAACGAGGUCGUCUGUCCCCUGCGGAAUCAGGAUGGAUCCAGCUGUCGCAAGCGCUGCCUCGGCGAGAAGCGAUUCCGCUCUAUGCAGGAGCAUAUUCGUCGAGCGCACCCCGAGCACUACAUCUCCAAGCUCCCCGCCACCGAGGAGAGCUUCAUUCUGAUGGUCAACACCCCACCAUCGGAGCGCCCUCCCCCGCCGCCGCCUCCGAAUGUCGCCCCACAACCCCAGACAGCUGGCUACGGACACGAAGUUAGUGUCUACUAUGGUGACGAGAUAACGCCGCGAUCUUCAGAUGAGAUGCGCCGGGGCUCCCUGCUGCCGGCUGCCAGUGCCGCUGCAGCCCUGGCGCAAUUGCACAACCAUCGACCGGAGUACGACUGGGAUUCUGAGCAGGACUUAUCCGACCCAGAGAGAAAGCCCAAGGCACGCUUCGCGGUCGAUCCACAGCUCAUGGGAGAGGGAGAAUAUGCAUACGGAAACACUUCCACUCAUCACGACUUGCUGCCCUCGUCUCUCGCUCGAUCUCCCCCUGGCCGCUCGUCCACCCUCCCGCCUGGGUCGCGCAGCAGCAAAUCUCGUUCUCGCAAGAACUCCGUCACCCAUAAUGCUCGCAGACCCAAACAUGAAAGACAGAGAUCCAAGGAACACACUAGAAAGAUAAGUCGAGAUAGGAACGCAUUCUCCGCCGAGCCUGCCAGCGCCGCAGCAGCCAUCUAUGGCAAGCGUUGGGAGGAUCUGAUAGACGCAGCGGCAUCGGCCACUGAAGAAGAUAGCCGAGACUUGACACCGAUCCCCGGAUCCCCACACAUCGUGAACCGCGCGUCACUGCCUCCGUAUGUCACCUCGCAGUUUCAGUCGUAUCACGCAUCGCCACUGCAGCAGACGCUCACUCCACCUCCGCCCGAUCACAGCGGCUUCGAGCCUUUCCCGUCUGUCGAAUCCAGCAUCGAAUCAACACAAUCCGGACAGAACUUCCACAUGGGAUCGCAAGGCUUGUCGGACAGCUCUCCCACGUACGGGCAGACGGUGCAGAUCUACUGCGCGGCGUGCCGGCGGUUGGCGCUCCUGCGCUCCAGCUACGCCUGCACAGAGUGCAUAUGCGGGCUCUGCCAAGACUGCGUCGACGUGCUGAGCAGCGAGCAGAACCGCGGCAGAGGCCGGUGCCCCAAGUGCGGCAGCAUCGGCGGCAAGUUCAAGCCCUUCCAGCUGGACGUACGGUAA